CGAUUUAGUUGAGCACGGCGUGUCAUUUACUUUCGGCGGUGUCAUUUACUUUCGGGUGUGAGAUGAAUCCAAUUAUAUUUUAAAAUAAAACUUCAAUGAAAAUCCUGUCGAAAGUAUUUAUUAUCUCAUCUGCAAUUUCUAUUAAAUUAAUGUGUGUGUAUUCUACUUGAAAAUAUUUUAAAUGAAAACCAUGUUGGAUUUAUAUUGUUUAACGAAUUUUAUUGAUUAUUCUCUGGCCGUUCACCAACCACUGAAGCACAGCAAUCGCAUCAAGUACACUUGUUUCGAUAUAUCUGAUAAUUAUAUUGUGUUGGGAGCUACGUCGGGUUCUUUAUAUUUGUUCAAUCGUCAGGGUAAAUUUUUACUACUCAUACCUAGUAAACAUGGCGUGGUGAAUCAUCUGUCUAUAUCAGCUAAUGAAAAGUACAUAGCAUUUUCAACGACACGUUCCGUGGUGUGUGUAUAUACUGUGAAUUUGUCAGCUCAGGCGACACCUCAGGUGAUAUUUACGAAUUUAUGCAGUGACCACUCCGUGCAAGUGACCUGCUUGCACUGGACCCAAGAUGAGAAGCAAUUCUAUUACGGCGAUUGCAAAGGUCAAGUUAACCUAGUUUUGUUGUCUACAUUUAUGGGUACCAGCUUACUAAAUAUGUCCAUACAUCCUAUACUCUUCCUGGAAGCUCCAAUCGUACAAAUAGACGAUUUCGAAUCCCUACUUUUAGUAUCUAAUAGUUCAAAAUGUAUACUGUGCAAUACGGAAUAUGAGGAAUAUAAACAGAUUGGGAAUAAGCCACGCGAUGGUAUGUAUGGUGCUUGCUUUUUUAUUUCUUCAAAUGAGGCUCAACAACCAUCGCGUAUCUAUUGUGCACGCCCCAGUUCACGCAUAUGGGAAGUUGAUUUUGAAGGAGAAGUUUUGCGUACCCAUCAGUUCAAAUUAGCUUUAGCCUGUCCGCCCACAAAAAUCCAUAAAUCGCAAGACGGAGACAAUGACAAUUUGGGUUCUGAUAACGAUCCCAACGACGAGAUGUUAGACUACCAACCGCAAGCUUUAAAUUUUGCAAAGCUUCUUAAGUUUACACAAGACUUUUUGUUAGCACAUACAGAGCUAGGUAUUUACAUUUUCGACGUACGCAAUUCGUCAGUUGUAUUGUGGUGCAAUCAAUUUGAGCGAAUUGUCGAUUGUCGAGCAGCAUAUGGAGAAAUUUGGGUAUUUACGCAAACAGGUACCCUCUACUCUAUGCAAAUGCACUCCCUGCAGAAUCAUGCGUGUUGUUUAGUGCGUCAAGAAAAAUUGCUCGAGUGCGCUUGGAUUAUGCGUAGAAAUGUAAGAUAUUUUGCCGAUAAAGCCCGUGAAGAUUUCGAGUUGGGUUUGCUUAACGAAGUCAAAAACUUUUUGAUGGAACGUCAUCAAUAUGAGUUGCUUAAUGAUCUCUCCGUAAUAUUUGAUGCUAUUGCACAAUGUGAGGGUAAUGGUGACAAUAAUAGUUCUGGCGGUAGUUCUGGUACGGCGGAACGCAGCUCUAGUUUAGCCACCGGCUAUCAAUUACCCAGACCGCAAUCGAAGGAAAAUUCACCGCAAGGUGUAUACGUUCUAGAAAACUCAUUUUGUGAUAAUCUUAAACCGCCGAAAGGUGAAAAGCAUUUUAAGGAUGCUUUACUUACCGUAACGGGAAAAUUUGGUAAAAAUAUAAUUAAAUAUAAAUUUAAUAUAUUCCAAGAGGAGCAACAGAAGCUGGUACAAGAUCUGAUACCAGCACAUGAAAGAUCCUUGCCUUUUAAAGAUAUUAAAGCUCUAUACGAGAAUGAUGAUGAAAUUGUCUGCCGUUCUCGGAAGUCAUCUUCCGUUCACAACACUUCACAGAAAUUGAAAGUGGCUACGACGAGUCAACACAUUACUGCCGAAGAAAAAACAAUUUACAAUCUGUAUUUGAUCUGUAAAAGCUCAAAAUUCAGCAACACCAAUUUUGUGGAACGUUAUCGCACUUUAUUUGACGAAUAUACUGCGCCAGAGUUAAUACGUUUGCUGGAGAAACUAACACAAGUGAUGAUUGAUCACGGCGAUGACCCGGAGCAAGCGCAGCGACACUGCUAUGAAAUGUACUUUCAGUAUCUUAACCCGGAGUUGAUAUGGGAAAUGGACAACGCCUCCAGGGACUACAUAACUGAAGGAUUCAUGUUGUUAAACGCUUGCGACGACAUAGUGCGUUGUGACAAUUGCAUGUUUCCAUUGAGAUUUGAUAACUCAUGUUCAUUUCAUGAGUUAGGAUCAGUGCUGUUGCGCUACUACUGGUCACGCAAUGAACAAAUCAAAUGCUUUGACGUAUUGACUCGUGUACCAGCAUUAUUUGAUAUACUCGCCCGACUCUAUUUAGCCGAAUGUAAUAUGGAAAAAGUGUUACCGAUAGUAUUAAACUAUGGUCAACCGGAGCUUCUAAUAGAUUUGGGCAAGAACUUUUCCAUUGUUUCGUGGUCUCGGUGCUUUGAACAAUUUGUUGAAUUGCAACAGGGUAGGCUAACGUGUGUUAACUGUGAAUGUCUAACGAACGUGGAAAAUGUUAAUCGUCAUUUCUUCUAUACGUGGAAUUGUUUUUUGGGCAUUUUAAUUGAGCAUAUGCAGGCACAGGAUUUGUUGGCGUUAAUUUUCAAAUGGUCAAAUUAUAUACCCAAUGAUGCCAUAGAUCGUGAAUUCUACUCACGUUGCCUGUUAAAGGGCUGACUAAGAGAUCGUUAAAGAAAGGAGGUAACUAGUCCAUAGAAAGUAUAAUUAACACACUGAAAUCUCAGUUUUUAAGUAAACAAAGUAUUAAACAUUUUAUUUAAAUAAGUUUAAUGUAAAUUUAGAUGCAAAUAUUC